AUGAAUCUAACCCAAAUUUCGCUUCUUAUUGACACUCCGCAUUCUCUAUAAAUUAGCACCUAAAACCCCAACUCUGGACUCGUACCGCUUGGCAAGGCAAACCCCUUUGGUCCACAUUUUCACUCAGCCAAGCACAACCCAUUCUAACUCUCUCUCUCCCUUUCUCGAGUUUGCAGCUUGAAAGAAAUGGAGACCUUCCUAUUCACCUCUGAAUCAGUGAACGAGGGGCACCCAGACAAGCUCUGUGACCAGAUCUCUGAUGCAGUGCUUGAUGCUUGUCUAGCACAGGACCCUGAGAGCAAGGUGGCCUGUGAGACUUGCACCAAGACCAACAUGGUCAUGGUAUUCGGAGAGAUCACAACCAAGGCCAAUGUGGACUAUGAGAAAAUUGUGCGUGACACAUGCCGAGCCAUUGGUUUUGUUUCAGACGAUGUGGGUCUUGAUGCAGACAAUUGCAAGGUCCUUGUUAACAUUGAGCAGCAGAGUCCUGAUAUUGCUCAGGGAGUGCACGGUCAUCUCACAAAGCGGCCAGAGGAGAUUGGUGCUGGUGAUCAAGGCCACAUGUUUGGCUAUGCUACCGAUGAGACCCCAGAAUUGAUGCCAUUGAGCCAUGUUCUUGCAACCAAACUUGGCGCUCGCCUCACUGAGGUCCGUAAGAAUGGUACAUGCCCAUGGCUUAGGCCAGAUGGGAAAACCCAAGUCACUGUUGAGUAUUACAAUGAAAAAGGUGCCAUGGUUCCAAUUCGUGUUCACACCGUGCUCAUCUCUACUCAGCAUGAUGAGACUGUGACAAAUGAUGAGAUUGCAGCCGAUCUAAAGGAGCAUGUGAUCAAGCCUGUGAUUCCUGAGAAGUACCUUGAUGAGAAGACCAUUUUCCACCUUAACCCGUCUGGCCGUUUUGUCAUUGGUGGACCUCAUGGUGAUGCUGGUCUCACCGGCCGUAAGAUCAUUAUUGACACUUAUGGUGGAUGGGGUGCUCAUGGUGGUGGUGCAUUUUCUGGGAAGGACCCAACUAAGGUGGACAGGAGUGGAGCUUACAUUGUUAGGCAAGCUGCAAAGAGCAUUGUGGCUAAUGGACUCGCCAGAAGGUGCAUUGUGCAAGUUUCUUAUGCCAUUGGUGUUCCUGAGCCUUUGUCUGUGUUUGUUGACACUUAUGGUACUGGAAAGAUUCCUGACAAAGAGAUCCUCAAGAUUGUGAAGGAGAGUUUUGAUUUCAGGCCCGGUAUGAUUUCCAUUAAUCUUGAUCUCAAGAGGGGUGGCAAUGGCAGGUUCUUGAAGACUGCUGCUUAUGGACAUUUUGGUAGGGAUGACACUGACUUCACAUGGGAGGUGGUGAAGCCCCUUAAGUGGGACAAGGUCCAAGCUUGAUUAAGUUCUCGUCUUCAAUUACCAAGAUAAAAUUAACCUGUUUUACUUGCUUUUGCUUGAAAGCAGGAGUUUGCCUCUUGGCUCUUACUAUUGUGCACUGUUCUUUUUUUUUUUUUUUUUUUUUUUGAGGAAAAAUUAUUAUUAUUAUAUUUCAUGUAUUCUUUCGGGAAGAUAAUGUUAGGUUUUUUUUAUUUUUUUUUAUGAGGGUAAUGGAUAUCAUAAACAAAUUGAAAGAUAGUCUCGGAGUUGUAUUUUAAUGCUGCUAAGAAAGAAAUAAUAACAUAUGAAAGAGAAUCCUUGAUCUGCUGCAACAA